UGCAUCGUCGGCAUCGCUCAAAAGGCGUCUGAUUUAUAAGCGCGUAUGUGGAAUUAACUUUGAGCGUUUGACUUAAAGGGGCAGUGAGCCUGUGGACCAAUUUGACAUUUCCAGGGAAUGACUGCAAGACUCCAGAAAAUCGAACAGCACCUCAACAUGGCCAGCGAAUCCGACAUCCACCUUUAUACUACGGGCACGCCCAACGGGAUCAAGGUGUCCAUCCUGCUGGAGGAGCUUGGCCUGUCUUACAAGACUACUGCCAUAGACUUGAGCAAGAAUACACAGAAGGAGGACUGGUUCCUUGAGAUCAACCCAAAUGGAAGGAUUCCCGCCCUCACGGACAAGCUUGGAGACAAGACCAUCAGGCUGUUUGAGAGCGGCUCGAUCCUGCUGUACCUCGUCGACAAGUAUGACAAGGACCAUAAGCUCUCCUAUCCUCACGGCUCGGAGGAGUACUACGAGACCAAUAACUGGCUCUUCUUCCAAAAUGCCGGUCUAGGUCCCAUGCAGGGCCAAGCCAACCACUUCACAAGAUAUGCGCCCGAGAAGAUCCAAUACGGCAUGUCUCGGUACCAGAACGAGACACGACGGCUGUACCGUGUGCUCGACACGGCCCUUGCGAAGAGCAAGUCUGGGUUCAUCGUCGGUGACCGUCUGACGAUUGCAGACAUCUCUUCCUGGGGCUGGGUUGCUUCAGCCAAGUGGGCAGGUGUCGAUAUCGACGAGUUCCCCCACCUCAAGAAGUGGCUCUACACGCUGCUUGAGCGGCCCGGGUUCGAGAAGGGCCGGCAUGUGCCCACCGAGCACAAGGCCUUCAAGAUGGCCGAGCUGCCGGAGGAGGAGCUCGAGAAGCUCUCAGUUGCGGGCCGUGCGUGGGUGCAGGCAGGCAUGAAGGAGGAUGCUGCUAAAUAAGCGCAUACUUGAUGUAGCUACACGGGCAAACGAGAGAUAUCCUUUCCGUGGAGACUGCGAGGUGCCACGUCAUGGAAUGGAAGAUGGCGAUUUGAGAGCUACCUAGGUAUGCAGGAUCGAGGAAACACUCGUUACACAUACCUGCAACACGAUGUCAUCAUCAUGAAUUUGGACACCCUUGUAUGUUACGUAGUCCCGAGAAGAUGGGAUCACGAAGCACGAUUCCAACUGGGUUAGGCGUACUUGUUCCCUGAACUUGAAGUCUUGAGAUAUAGUACGGGCUAUGCCCAUGUAGAUGAAGCCGAAAUCUUGGCUGCAUAAGGAGCUGGAUCUGUGACAACUUGACAGACGUGUUGGGGCAGCACGAGAAUCUACUGCAGAGAUGGAAA